CCGCAGCAGCCGCGGCAGCCGCCCCCUCUGCCGCCCCCGCGCGCGGUGGACUUCGCGGACGCGCGGGAGGCUUUCCGGAGCAAGAGCAGCGGCGAGCUGGCGCGCGGGCUGCUGGUGCUGCGCCUCUGCUCCGCGGGGCCGCUGGUGGAGCGCGCCGAGCAGCUGAUGCAUCUCAGCCAGAAGCUGCUGGGCCAGCAGCUUUUUGAGCAGCUGAUGAAGAUGACCUUCUAUGGGCAGUUUGUGGCCGGGGAGGACCAAGAAGCCAUCAAGCCCCUCAUCCAGCGCUACCAUGCCUACGGCGUGGGCUCCAUCCUGGACUACAGCGUGGAAGAGGACCUCACCACAGAAGAGGCGGAGAAGAAGGAACUGGACUCCUGCACUUCCGCGUUUGAGAAGGAGACGGGCAAGCAGAGAGAGAAACGCUACAGCGUGCAUCGUAAGUUUGGCGACCGCCGGGAUGGCGUCAUCAGUGCUCGCACCUACUUCUAUGCAGAUGAAGCCAAAUGCGACCGGCACAUGGAGAUGUUCUUGAAAUGCAUCGAGGCUUCAGGUGGCAGCUCAGAAGAUGGAUUCUCUGCCAUCAAACUCACGGCAUUAGGAAGACCUCAGUUCCUGCUGCAAUUCUCGGAGGUGCUGGUAAAAUGGCGCCGGUUCUUCCACCAGUUGGCUGCAGAGCAGGGCAAGGUUGGUCUGGCAGCCCUGGAGACCAAGCUGGAGGUGGAGAAGCUGCAGGAGGCCCUGGACAAGUUGGGGAUUGACACCAGAGGGGAGAGCCAGCACUGGUUCACGGGCGAGAAGCUGGGCGUGUCUGGAACGGUGGACUUGCUGGACUGGAACAGCUUGAUUGAUCCCCGGACGGAGAUCUCCAAACUCCUGCUCAUCCCAAACAUGGAGACAGGGCAGCUGGAGCCCCUCCUCUCUCGCUUCACCAUGGAAGAGGAGAAGCAGAUGAAGCGCAUGCUGCAGCGCAUGGACGUCCUGGCCAAGAAAGCUGUCAAGAUGGGCGUGAGGCUGAUGGUGGACGCAGAACAGACGUACUUCCAGCCGGCCAUCAGCCGCCUCACCCUUGAGAUGCAGCGCAAGUUCAACCAGGAGAAAGCAGCCGUCUUCAACACGUACCAGUGCUACCUGAAGGAUGCCUACGAUAACGUGACGGUGGACGUGGAGCUCUCCCGCCGGGAAGGCUGGCACUUUGGAGCCAAGCUGGUCAGAGGCGCCUACAUGGAGCAGGAGCGGAGCCGGGCAGCUGAUGUGGGCUACGACGAUCCCAUCAAUCCGACAUACAAAAAGACCAGUGAGAUGUACCACAGGUGCCUAGACUACAUCCUUGAAGAGAUCCGGCACAGCCGGAAGGCCAACGUGAUGGUGGCCUCCCACAACAAAGACACUGUCAAAUUCGCCCUGCGCAGGAUGGCGAGCCUUGGCAUCCACCCCUCGGAGAACAAGAUCUACUUCGGACAACUCCUGGGCAUGUGCGACCAAAUCACCUUCCCUCUUGGUCAAGCUGGGUUCCCCGUGUACAAAUACGUUCCCUACGGACCUGUGAACGAAGUCCUGCCUUACCUGUCCAGGAGAGCCCAGGAGAACCGAGGCUUCAUGGCCAGAGCCAAGGAGGAGCAGGAACUUCUCUGGAUCGAGCUGAAGAGGCGGCUCUUCUCGGGCACCCUUCUCCACGCACCCAGCCCGCCCUAGCCUGGCACUCCGGCCCGCCACCACCACCACUUUUGGGGUUGGAAUAGAACUGUGGAAAGCCAGUGAAGGCUGGGAGCACCUGACGCCUUCUCGCUUUAACGUCUCGUGGGCCCCUGCAGUUGCUGGGGUCUUUGAUGCUUUGCAUUCUGGGGCUGUACAGGCAGGAGUUUCAAGCAUCUCCUCCACGGCCCACUCCAGCGCUGUGCCCGGCUUAGGCAUAUCGGAACAACCUCCCCGGAAGCGGCCCUGGCUGUACCUGUGUUCCUCGCGUUUGUCAGUCUCUAGGGAUUGUCACUAAUAAAACGUCCCUACAGA